AUGGUAGCGCAGGCGGUGAAGCUGGGGUCGAGUAUGCACCUUUCGGGCGCCAUCUGCCAUCUGCCAUUCGCCGGCCCAUUGCCAUCAACAGUCGAGUACUUCGAUCCCUACGAUGUCUACAAGCUCCUUGCGCCGGGACUGAUCCCUCGACUGCCCCUGCGCGACCUCAACUGGCAGUCCCACGCGGGGCCGCUACGCUCCAUCAGCACCCUCCACGCCGAGCUCGUUCCCGCCGGAGUCGACUACUCGGGCAUCUUCACCCCGCUCGCCUCUCCCAACCCCCCGACCCCGGGUCUCACCGAAACCGCGCCGGCCAAGAGUGACGAUGGGUUUCAGACAGCAACAGUUGGUGGAAGGACGGGGUCAUCAGAACAGCAGGGGGACGCGACAAGCGGCGCACUACGCCCGCCAGGAGGGGCUGCCACGAAAGAACGGCGGCACCAAAUCCCCGGCUUGCGCAGGACGCCAUACCUCAAAGUCCUGCUGCUGAGGUGUGAUGACAAUGACACGUACAAGUCAACCACCAGAUCCGAAAUACGCGAGUGGAUCAAGACAAACACGACAGGCACCCAAGGGAAAACGGGCAGCGCCGAAAACCACGACGCCUGCGAGUGGCUCAUCAUCCACGUCGUCCUCCCCAACUCCACCGCCGCCACACAGCCGCGCAUCUCGGGCAAGGCGCCAGACUCGAGUUCCGAUGGCAAGGCUUCCAUCAAGUGGCGCGCAGGGUCGAGCACCCUCUUGGAGAAGCUACGCGCCGACUUCAACGGCUCCACCAAGGGCGCCCCCGACCGGGUGCGGCAGAUCCGCAUCGGCAUCAACGAUGUGCCGUACAACAUGCUGCCGCGCGUCGUACCGGCCGUGCCCACGGGAUACACCGAGAACGAGCAGGACGCCGACAACGCGUGGGCCGACCUGAUUGCCAAGUUCAAGGAGCUCAUCCUCUCGAGCUUCGACCGCCGCGUCACCCAGUACGAGGAGGACAUUAAAGAGCGGGACGCCCAGAGGAGCCUUCCGGGUUGGAACUUUUGCACCUUUUUCAUUCUGAAAGAAGGCCUGGCACGUGGCUUCGAGAGCGUCGGCCUGGUUGAGGAUGCCUUGGUCGUGUAUGACGAGCUGAGUGUCGGGCUGGACAAUAUCAUCCAGGCGCAGGCCGCCGGGGGGUCCGCCGAAGCAAACGGCGGCGCGUUGCUUAGCUACACCGAGGAUCUGAAGGAACUAGCACAAAAGGCCAUGGCCGAGAUUGCUGGUGGACAUAUCGAGUUCGGUGAGGGUGAGGGCGAGGGCGAGGCUGUCGAUCUCCAGUGCUACAUAUUCUCCCGCCAAAUCGCCGUGCUCCUCCGGCUAGCCAAUGCGUGGUCGUCGCGGGACGAGCUGCUAGCCAAGCUCAAGGAGCAGCAAGAACUGGUUCCCAAGGGGGUUGCUCCAAGGGCGCCGGCGCCGAAGAUGACCGAGGAGUCCGAAAAUCUCACCCAUCUGGCGGAAAUCUGCAAGCGGACGCUCGAGUUCGUCCCCGCUGUCUCAGCCGUCAUGAGGGCAGACAUCAUUGCCGCAAUGACGGCGGUUGAAAAGGCCGAGCAAGGUGAAGCCGAGUCGCAGGUCUCCCUCGACCCUCUUCUGGCAGAGGUCAUUGACAACAUGGUCGCCUCGUUCGCCUUCUCCAUCGCUCAGCAAAUCCUCGCUCAGACAUCCACCAAGGCGCUGCCCAUCCCGCCGUCUACCCUUGGCACGUCCGAGCACACGGAGCAAAAGGCCUCAAUACCGGAGCCGAAAACCAUGAUGCAUCCGGCGAGGAGCUCGUCGUUGCAUAGCCAAGGGCCUCAAGGCGCACCGCGCAGCCCGGUCGGCUUUCCUGGCGCGAACCAUGACGACUCGCUCCCUCCGCCGUAUCUGAAAUCCGGUCUUGAGGACCUCGCUGCCCAAAGAGCCGAGCUGUGUGCCCUAUCCCGAAACAUCCUCGAGGAGUGCGGCAAGAAGCGGGGCUGGACCGACGGCUAG